UCAUAAUGUGGAACGUCCUUCUUUUUUCCUUUAAUUGAACUCACCUGGAGAACUAACGAUCACAGGUGUCUGAGACUGAUGUCAGUCAUCCAACGAGACACAAAAUCAUCAUUGAAAAACAAAGAAUUGGAUCUUUUUGACACUGAAAUACAAUUUGCAUCAUGAUUUGGAACGCACUGUAAAUUUGAAGAUUUUAAGUUUACAAUAUAUACUUUAACCAUAGAUUAAGUAUACUUGUAGUACACUGAAACUACUGUUUGCUCAGGAGCAGCUCAGCUAACCCUAAUCCAAGAACUUCCGGUCACCAAAAAAAACAAACAAAAAAGGAAUCUGAGGAAUCUAAAACAGAAUGAUCUAAAUGCAUUCUGUGAGUGUUUUACUCAAUGAGGUUUUCCUUUUUUGUCUCCUAACCCAACACCAGGAUGUGAUGUCACCACAGCAAGCCCCUCCCCUCAGUUCAGGUGAACAGAGGGAGGGGCCAUGCAGAGCAAGAGAAGAGGAACAAAACAAGGAAGAGCUCACAAGCAGUCAGCUCUGAGUCGCUGUGUGUUCUCUCCCCGAGCUGGCCUUGUUGGUGGGGGUCUCAGCAUGGAUAUGGAUCCCCCAGAGUCUCCUCAUGGGAACAUGGGGCUGCUGAGGACCUUUGACUUCACCGAGUUCAGCUCCUGGGAGAAGAUAGGCUCAGGUGGAUUUGGACAAGUGUACAAAGUACGGCAUGUGAAGUGGAAAACAUGGCUGGCUAUCAAGUGCCCUCCCUGUCUUCAUGUGGAUGAAAAGGAACGCUCGGAGCUGCUUGAGGAGGCCAAGAAGAUGGAGGCAGCCAAGUUCCGCUACAUCCUGCCCGUGUACGGGAUCUGCGACGACCCCCACGGCCUGGUCAUGGAGUACAUGGAGACAGGCUCCCUGGAGACCCUGCUGGCCAACAACCCUCUGCCCUGGGAGCUCCGCUUCCGAAUCAUCCACGAGACGGCGGUGGGGAUGAACUUCCUACACUGCAUGGAUCCACCGCUCCUCCACCUGGACCUGAAGCCGGCCAACAUCCUGCUGGACGCUCAUCAUCAUGUGAAGAUAUCCGACUUUGGACUGGCCCGGUGGAACGGCCUGUCGCGGGCCGAGGACGACAUCAGCAGGGAGGGUUUCUGCGGCACCAUCGCCUACCUGCCCCCUGAGAGGAUCAUAGAGAAGCACAGGGUGUCUGACACCAAACACGACGUGUACAGUUUUGCCAUUGUCAUAUGGGGAGUCCUCACGCAGAAGAAACCUUAUCACGACGGGCCUAGCAGAGAAAACAACAUCCUUCAGAUCAUGGUGAAAGUGGUGAAAGGGGUUCGUCCAGACCUGGGGGCCGUUCCACGAUGCCGUCCAAACACCUGCGAGGGCUUCCUGAGCCUGAUGCAGCGAUGUUGGGCAAAAAAUCCUGAUGACAGACCCAACUUUCAGGAAAUUACCUCUGAAGCCGAGGAGCUGUGCUCCAAACCUCAGGAGGAACCCAAAACCCCAACGUUUCCCUCAUCCUCAGAACCAGAGCCCACAUCCCCGAACUCUUCCACCAGCACUGAGGGUAAGGAGGCUAAACCCGUGCGGCCAAAGUCAGCCAUGUUGCCGGAAAAAGACAGCACCCUGUCGGAGCUGCUGAUCCAGGUUGAUUCUGGCAUCUCCAGAAGCUUCGACCGAGUGAAGGAGGACAGUUGUCACAGCAAGGAGAGCACGUCCAAGAGACUAUCCGGCAUUUCCUCUGCAGAUUCAGCCUUCUCCUCACAAGACUCCAUCACUCUGUCGUUUGAGAAAGAAAGCACGAUUGAUUCUGCUGAGGUCCAGAAACGAAAGUUGUGCGAGGCCAUAAGGACCAAAGACAUGGCCAAGCUGAUGAAGAUCCUCCAGCCUCAGGAUGUUGACCUUGUUCUUGACGGAGGAGGAACCCUGCUCCAUCACGCCAUUGCCUUGGCCAAUGAGGAAGCUGUCAAAUUCCUUCUAUUGAACAACGCCAAUCCCAACCUUCCAAAUGACCGCGGCUCCACGCCGCUCCACCUGGCCACAGAAAAGCAUCAAAAGGUGCUGGCUGAGCUUUUGCUUGGGAGGCGCAGCACCAACGUGAACGCCAAAGACGAGGACCAGUACACAGCUCUGCACUGGGCAGCCCAGAAUGGAGACGAGGCCAUCGCACGGCUCCUCCUGGAUCGGGGCGCAGCUAUCAACGAGACAGACGGACAAGGACGGACGCCGGCUCACGUCGCAUGCCAGCACGGCCAGGAGAAUGUGAUCAGGGUACUGCUGAGCCGUGGCGCCGAUGUUCAAAUCCAGGGCAAAGACAACUGGACUGCGCUCCACUUUGCUGCCUGGCAGGGCCACCUGGGCAUCGUGAAGCUGCUGGUGAAGCAGGCGGGUGCCGACGUGGACGUUCAGACAUCCGACGGUCGCACUUCCCUGCAUCUGGCAUCUCAGAGGGGCCAGUACAGAGUGGCACGGAUCCUAAUUGAGCUUGGAGCCAGUGUCCAUUUGACGUCAGCGGGGUUUAACACGCCGCUGCACGUCGCAGCUGAAACGGGUCACACCAGCACCUCUCGCCUUUUGAUUAAACACAAGGCAGACAUACACGCCCAGAACACUCACGGACUCACACCGCUCCACCUGGCCUGUCAGCAAGGUCACCUGGCCACAGUCAAGAUGCUGAUCGCCGAGGGGGCGGACCCCUGCAGACCCAGCCAGAGCCUGCGCACGCCCUGUCAUCUGGCAGCUGAGAGUGGACACUGUGAGGUUCUGAAAGAGCUGCUUCUGCACUGCCCAGACGGCAGCAGCGGGACAGACGAGCAGGGCCUCAGCCCUUUACACCUGGCAGUGGGGGGCGGGCACUCGAGUGUCAUCAAGAUGCUGCUGCCGCAGGUUUGCCAGGACUCGGUGGUGGAGAACGGAGAGCAGCCGGCGGCAGAGGAGCCUCCGCCUCCAGAGUCCAAGCAGCUCCAGAGAAAGGUUGUUAUUCUCAAACUGACAGAGCACAACAGCAAAGACUGUCCUGAGCCUCCUGCUUCACCGUGUGCUUCAGCGCCGUCUUAACGGAGAACAGACUGCUGCCUCUGUACAGAAUUUGAUUUUUGUUUUUAUCCCCCCGUCAGCUGCCUUACACUUAGGUGGGACUAAGAUCAUUCUGACCUAAGAGUGUUUUUGAUGCACUGUAGCUACUUCUUCAUUGAUGUAAAUAUGUACACUGUAAAUAUAAAAUAUGACGUACCAUGCUUUUGUUUACAUUUUGGAUUCUCUGCUUUUAAAAUGCACAUGAGAUGCUGAUGAUGGUUGAAUUAUGAGGAGAAUCCAGAGCGGCUGUGGUGUCCUCAUGUUGCCUGUUAGCAGCCAUCACUGCCUUCACACACGUCUUCAUGUUCUGUAGCUUUUUCAAAGCAGUGCUGCAUUAAACAUUACAAAGCUUC